AUGAGAGUGGUGGAUUCAGUCUGCAAGUAUAUAUGUGGGGAUGUCCGAUUGCAUGGAGGAUGGUCACUGGUAGCUGGUGGUGAUAUCAUAAUGGUUACGGCAGAAAACGCAGGAGAAGAUGAGGACAGCAAAAGCGAAACUGGUGGUGGACGUAUAUACAUGGAAGACAAACUAAAGAUGCUGCCGUUAUUGUGUUGCUGGGCAGCUGAGAGGAAGGCUCCAAGGGCAUGGUAUGGAAAAUUAGCAUCUUUGGAUGAUACUUCCUUCUUUGUUCAAAAAUUGGGUAAAAGGCUCACUAUAGUGCUAGUUUAUGUUGAUGAUAUUUUGGUUACCGAAAAUGAUACAGCUUAUAUCACUGCUUUUAUCUCUGAAUUGAACAAUCAUUUUCCUGUUAAAGACCUUGGGGCACUUCACUAUUUUCUUGGUCUUGAGGUUUCCAUAAGUUCAGUUGGUAUUUUUCUAUCUCAGUUCAAGUACAUAUUGGAUCUAAUCAAGAAGACUAACAUGGUUGGUUGCAAGCCUUGCUCUUCUCCAGCUGUAGCUAAUGCUCAACUCACAUAUGAGGGUGACUUGCUUCCAGAUCCUUCUUCCUACACAUCCAUUGUUGGUGCAUUACAUUACUUUACCUGGAGCAGACCUGAAAUCUCUUUUGCAGUUCAACAAGUCUGUCAAUUUAUGUCUCAACCCACCACUCAUCACUUAACUGCAGUCCAUAGAAUUCUCAGAUAUCUCAAGGGGCACAUUGAUUUUGGUAUUUGUUUCACCAAGGGACCAAUGACUCUACAUGGCUAUUCAGAUGCUGACUGGGCUGGUGCUGUCACUGAUAGCAGAUCCAUUGGUGGUUUUUGCAUUUAUUUUGGUUCUAAUCCUAUCUCUUGGUCAGCUAAGAAACAAGCUACUGUUUCCAGAUCAUCUACAGAAUCAGAAUACAAAGCCUUAGUAAUUGCAGCGGCAGAAUCUUAUUGGAUUUGUCGACUUCUCAUCAAGGAUCUCCAUUUUACUCUCUCUUCCUCAUCUAGACUUGGUUGUGACAAUGUUAGCUCCAUUUCACUAGCUUCCAAUCCUGUUAUGCACAGCAAAAUGAAGAGCCUCGGAGUUGAUUUUCACUAUGUCAGGGAACUUGUCAGACUUAAACUUCUAUAG